AUGUUAGAACCGCUUAAGAACAUUGUGUCCGAUUUCUGGCUUAAGACGGACACGCGGAAGAGGGAAUACGGGUCGCUGGAUGAGUGGAAGCAGCAGCGGGGCCAGGAGCGAAUAGGCAGGCCGCGCAGAAGAGCAUCAACGCGCUACAAGGUCACGAAGCCGUCGGCGGUGCACCAAAGCGCGCUGCCGCUGCCAGUGGAACGGCCGGGGGCGGCGGCAGUGCGGCGGAACGAGCGGACGUGGUGGGAUCGCCUUUGUGGAGUGUUCAGUGCAGAGCAGCGCGAUCUUCACGGGAUGCGAGACGCGUUCGCGAACUACCGACUGCCGCCAACGGAAGAGCUGGAGGGCCGGCGGCGGCGAGGAACGGCAUCACAGCGGAUUGCCCGCAGCGAGACGUUCAAGAAGCGCGUGCUGGAGAAGAUGUACGACGACCGCAUGCUCGAGCAGCUGCGCGCGGGUAGCCGCGGGCGCCGCCCCGAGCGGCCCGCGCUGCCGGGCAGCGACGCAGACCAGGUCGUGCUGCUGCAGAACCGUCUACACAAGCUGGAGCGGCAACUGUUCGAGACGCAGAAGGAGCUCGAGCUGGCCAAGAAGAAGCUCAUGUUUGCGCACGAGAAGACCAAGCUCUUCGAAUCGCUGCUCGACGACGCAAACGUCGACGACGACUACGUCAAGUCCCGCCGACGAAUCACCAACCUGCGCGCCACCACCGAUAACCAACCCGCGUUGCGGUCGCUGUCGCCAUCGCCGCAGCGACCAUAUCCGGUCAACCCGCUCUUCACGUCCAGUCCGAUUCGCCAAGUGAACGACAGCCCGCGCAAGCAGAUAAACAAACCUGACGAUUUUUACGCUAAGUACCCGACCAUUCCGAAGACCGAGCUCCUGAACAAGCAACCGUCCGAAAACGCUGCCGCCGGGCGUGCGAAGGAGUCGCUCUCGCCCGUGAGGAUCGAUUACAGCAAGUACUCUUCACCUCGUCGAAAGUGA